AUGAUUCAGGAGUGGAUGAUGUUAGAGGCAUUGGCAGAGUUUUCUAUCAUGCCGAGUUCUCAGAGUACAGGGGCUCUUCUUUGUAGUUUGACUGUACAACCGACUUUGAUCAACCGGAUCAUUUAUGCUCAGAACAAAGAUGACAGGUUACAGGCUAAAGCAGUUAAGGCUGCCAAUGAUGAGAGUGAUGUGGACUGGACGUGUGGAGUUAAUGGUGACCUCAAGAGAAAGAUUCUAGAUGAGGCACACCACUCUAGGUACACAGUGCACCCAGGUGACACUAAGAUGUAUCAUGAUCUUAAGAGGCAGUUCUGGUGGGAAGGCAUGAAACGUGAUGUGGCAGAGUUUGUAUCUAGAUGUCUCACUUGUCAGCGAGUAAAAGCUGAGCACCAGAGACCAGCAGGACUAUUACAGCCUUUGCCUGUGCCUGAGUGGAAAUAA